AUCGGUUGCCACCAUCUUUUCAUAAAACCCCGAAAAACACGCCAAUACGUUAUAUCCUUUUAAUUUUUAGUUGAUUUGAAAUUCAAAGGAACAUCCCCUCAUACUCUAUAACUAUGUCUGCUAACUCUCUUGAACAAUUGAAAGCUGCUGGUACAGUCGUUGUCACUGAUACCGGUGAGUUCGAGUCUAUUGCUAAGUACACCCCACAAGAUGCCACCACAAACCCAUCUUUGAUCCUUGCUGCUGCUAAGAAGGCCGAGUACGCACAAUUGAUUGACAAGGCUGUCGAAUACGCUAAGGGUAAGGUGUCUACCCCAGCCGAGCAAGUUGACCUUGCCUUGGACCGUUUGCUCGUGGAGUUUGGUACCGAGAUUCUUAAGAUUGUUCCAGGCAGAGUCUCCACAGAGGUUGAUGCCAGAUUGUCAUUUGACAAGGAUGCCACGAUUAAGAAGGCUUUGCAAAUCAUUGACCUGUACAAGGAGGCUGGUGUUGACAAGGAGAGAAUCCUUAUCAAGAUUGCCUCUACUUACGAGGGUAUCCAAGCCGCCAGAGAGUUGGAGUCCAAGUACGGAAUCCACUGUAACUUGACCUUGUUGUUCUCCUUUGCUCAGGCUGUUGCAUGUGCCGAGGCCGAGGUUACCCUUAUCUCUCCAUUCGUCGGUAGAAUCAUGGACUGGUACAAGGCCAAGACCGGUGAGACCUACACUGGUGAAACCGACCCAGGUGUGUUGUCCGUUAAGAGAAUCUUCAACUACUACAAGAAGUAUGGUUACAAGACUAUUGUUAUGGGUGCAUCUUUCAGAAACGUUGAUGAGAUCAAGGCCCUUGCCGGUGUUGACUUCUUGACCAUCUCCCCAGGUUUGCUCGAAAAGUUGAUGACCUCCACAGAGCCAGUUCCAAAGGUGUUGGAUGCUGCUGAGGCUGCCAACGUUGACGAGGAGAAGGUCUCUUUUGUCGACGAUGAACCAGCUUUCAGAUUCUCCUUGAACGAGGAUGCCAUGGCUACCGAAAAGUUGUCUGAAGGUAUCAGAAAGUUUGCUGCUGACGCUGUUACCUUGACCAAGGUGUUGGAGGAGAAAGUUGGUGCUUAAAUUGAACUAAAACAAUGGGAAUAGGUUUAUAAUUUUUUUUUCGUUAAUUAUAUCUUCUGCGGGUUUCAAGACAGAUCCAGAAACAACAAUGAUUUCAAUAACGUGGUCCACUUUGUAGUUGCCAUAUUCUAUAGCAGAUACAAAUGAUUGAAGAGUAA